UUUAGUUUCAAUUUGGUCAAGCAGCAAAAAGGGAUUUCUAUUCCACUGCGUUUAAUUCUUGAAAAAAAAAUGAGUGACACAGGUGCAAAGCCCAGCCAGCCUUUAGUUGUAAAACAGGAUAAGGAUGUCACGCCAAAGAGAGGACGCGGCAGACCCAGGAAGCAACCCCAAGAACCAACUGGUGCUCCAACUCCAAAACGACCACGAGGAAGACCAAAAGGAAGUAAAAACAAAGUUACUUCUAAAUCUGGUAGAAAAUCUGGUGGCACAGGAGGAACGAAACCCAGAGGUAGACCCAAGAAACUGAAAGGUGAAACGUCAGGAACAAAAAAACCCAGAGGUAGACCAAGAAAAAGGGAAAAGGCAGAGCAGGAAGAGGAGGAGCAUGCUUCACCAGAAUCCUCAGAAGAAGACCAGUAAAUCUGCAAGACUGGUACUACCUCAUUCAACAAAUGGCUCCUGUCAUUAGCUGGACUAAAAACCUUAUCACACUGUUUUCAUUAUAGUCUUAACAGGAGACUACAGCAGCACUGGAACACUACAGGACUUCUUUUUCCUUUUAGUACAGUUCAAGGUAUUUCAAAGAAAUUAACAUUUAAUAAAUGUUGAAAUCUAGAUCUUCAAAUUCACUUCAUAAUUUUUUUUCAGUCAAGCCUCUAAGCAUCAGUCACAGGUUAUACCAGCAAAUAGGGCCAUGCCAAUGAACAACUUUGUUCAAUUAAAUAUCAUAUAAAAGGGAUUUGUUAUGUUGCGGACAAUUCACAUCAAAUAUGUACAUGACCUUGGCUAACAUGACAAUAAUUGUAAUGACUGUUAUAAUGGUACAUCCAAAAGCAGCGCUUUAAAACUUGCUGUUGUUUUAGAGUGUCAACCCAUUCUCAACAGUGGAAUCCCACACUAGAUGAUAGAAGGAACGUUGCCUACAAAAUCAAAAUGGCUGCUUUAUUCACAGCCGCAAAACUAUCCACUUCUUGUAUUUACUUUUUUGUUUGUUUAUGGCAUGGCUUAGAAUCAUGUAGGUGAACUUUUUGUUAUUCUUUGAAAUAGAUUAUGUUCUGUUAUGUUAUAGACUUGUCUUUCAGAAUUGAGGAGGACUGUACGUUUCUCUAGGCUCUAUAUAAUAGUUAACUGUUAGCCUGGAGCUAUUAAUUUUUAUGCUACAUUAUCAAUUAACUUUUAUGUUAAUAUAUACACCAUAAUUGUGCAAAUACAUUUAAAGUGACGUGAAACUUAAAAGAGCAACAUUUCCUUAACAAAUAAUUUUACCCUGUUACUUUGUUCUCUCAUUUUGAAUGCAUGUAUAAUUUUCUUUAAUAUAAAGCAGCAAAAUUUUUUCCACCCAAAGAAAUGUAUUUGACCAGGGAAUCUCAGAACUGCAAGCAAGCGGUUUAGGAUUUUGUUUGUUGAUCACACGCAUGCAGUAUAAUAAUGCACCAUUAACAGUGGUCAGGGAAAGCUUAGUCAACAUGACCACAUACCAUCACCACCACCCCCAAUCCCCACCCUUCACAGUAUUCCUUUGUCCAAAAGAAAUUAAAGGUUGCAUGAGGCAAAAUGUCAGUUAGUGAAUGACUUCACUCCAAACUGCAAUAGUUUAAGAGCUCAGGUAACACCUGCAAAGUGAAGUUUCUACCUAUGGAAACCAGUUCUGUCUGAAAAUUCAAUGCCUAAACGUUUAUCUUAAAUGCUUACUUUGAAAGUAAUAUUGGUUUCAUAAGUAACUUUGGAAAUAAAUUACAGAUAAUGAAAAUUCUUCCCUGAUCCAAACAAUUAGACUAAUAGUAAUAUAACAUUAGCUUGUGAUUUAACUAACUUUUCCUUGCUCUGUUAACAGCUGGUGUACUCAAAUGCGCAAAGUCGACAUAGAUCUAUUGACCCAGUUUAAUUGAAGAGUACAAUCGCUGCAAUUAUUAUAGCCCACACAAUAUUUAUAAUAAUAUAUAGAAAUUUAUAUUCUGGCAACACAAUUUCUUUUCUUUUAAGUUAUUAUUUAUGUAAGAGAAAGUAUCCCUUUUGCUGGAUCAUAUAGGCUGUCUAUAACAAAUUGGAUAUUUUGACAUAGAUAUAAAAUCCUUUAAAAUUCAUUGCAAACUCAAGCAGAAAUACUUUAAAGAUGCUGAAAAUUUAGCCGUUUUGGGGCAGAUGUUGGUUUGCAACUUAAUAAAGGAAUAAAAGUGCAUUAAAAGUUGUACAUUUGGUUUCUACUUUGCAUAUCUAGGUCCUAACUAAUGACAUGCUCAAAAAUAUAGUGGCUGAUGGUAAAAGAAAUAACAACAUCUGGAAUACAAUACUUGAAAUAUUGAUUGAAAACAAAAUGCUUCAUAAAAAUAAUGUCUGAUGCAGAUUCGCAAUACCUCUCACCAGUUACAACAAAGUUAUAUUACUUAAUAUAACACCAAAGACGAGAGACAAUAUGAUUCUACUUUCUCUGUUGUGGCAAAUUAUGUCCAUGUAAUCAAUUUAUUCAAAUGUUACAUAUCCAGUAUUCUUAGUUGAAACUAAAGAGGACCAAGUUAUUUGUUAUUCUGGAUCAUAUAUUCUAGAAUUAAAGCUUUUGUCAUCAUUGAAAAACUACAUGCACUUAAACUUCUGAUAGCAUCAGAACUUUAAUUACAAAUUGCUGAGGGAGUGCUUCACACCUGAAAUAGAUUUGAAGUAUUGUAAUAGAACAGCACCAAAGAAAUGAACACUUACUAUCAUUAAGUUUUUUCAAAAGAAAAUUUUAACUUUGUACACAAAUAAUGAUAGCUUCAUUACAUAUUGUUUUGUAAAGCUGGCAAAAACUAUAUAUUCUGUGGCCUGUUAUUUUUAAGUUGCAGUUAAAUAUUAUGCAGUAGAUAAAUGUAGUUUAACAUACAAGUCAAUUUGGAUCAAAAAGCAGUUAUCCUAUAAUAGAAGCAUUGUCGCUGUAUGACAGAAGUAUUUUUUUUCAUAGUCUGCCAUAAUUUCAAUGAUCAGAAUUUUAAAUCCAUGAAACUCGCUUCACUAAAUACUCAGACUGGUGGAUUGAAUACUUUGAGCUCUGUGUCCUUUCAUAAAAUUUAAAGAAAUACAGAGAAAUGUUUGAUUUGAGUAAAAAUGACUACCAGAUUUCAGUCAUCCUAUGACAAUUGUUGCAUUUUGCUAAUAUUCAACAAAAAAAACACAUUUGGGUUAAAUUGGAGCUUGCAAAGGAAAAUAUUUAUUCUGUUUGGUUGUGAAUAAGUACCCAGUCUAAGAGCAAGCAAAUGGGAUAUUUCUUCUUUAGUAACAAUGGAUAUAAUGAGGCAAAAUAAAUAGCAACUUAACAUACCUGGUUGCUAAAUAUUCAAAUACUAACAAAGUACAACUUUCUUUACUACAUAGAGUGGAAUCUUCCAAUAAAGAUUUUCAGCAGGAGUCAGUUCAUUAUUCAGUUUUCACAUGAUAUUGCAGUAUUAGUACUGUACUGAACAGAUGGACCUUCUUUGGUUUCCUUAAUCACGACUACCUCUUUUAGUUUCAUAGUCUCUCGGUUGUUUGCUGCUGUACACAAAAUACAAUUCAUUUGUGUAUCUCCUCAGCCACAGUGAAUAAUGUUUCUGAAUUAUUACAUGUAUGAUGCCAGAAGGAGAGGGAAAAAAUAAUCGUGAAGCUGUUUACCUCAUUGCAAAAAACAGUAAGUUGGUAAAAGGUGUUCGAGAAAGAAGAGGAAAUAAUGUUCAGAAAAUUUUUGAGCAAUCUGUCUCCAAUCCACAUGAAGAGAGGUUUCUAAAUGUUUGAAUUUACAUACAUUUGAAUUCAAACUAGUAGUGAUUAUAAAAGAUUACACCUCUUAUCACAAACUAAUGUUGGUGCUGCAACAUUUCCAGAACAGUUAGUGAGUGAUUGGUUGAUUUUCAUAUGUUAAUGACUGGCAGGCAACAUGCCAUGUGUAAUUGCCCAUUUCCUUCAUUCAGCAGAUUUGGUACACUGUGGAUGGUAAUUUGAUAAAUAUGAAAAGUGCAAAUUUCCAAGUAAGUGUUUUUUGAAAUACCUUCUGAAAAAACAAAUGAUGGUCUAGCAUGCAAGAUUAAUGGUAUGUACACUGUGUAGCUUCCCACUGCCCUCUAAAUGAUGAUUGAACACGUUUUAUUUGUAAGCUUAGUUAAUUAAACAUUACUAGUUUAAUGUUUUAAAUGGAAUUUUAAUCAGGAAUCACUUCUUUGUAUUCAGGAAUGUAAACCCUGGCAGAUUUUGUUGCUCGAUUAUAGCACUUCACCCUUGAGCUGAGCUAACACACAGAGCAGCAAUCAAAUCUAGGAUGCUGUUAUUCUAGGUAUUGUGCAAUACAUUUGACUGAUCAGAAGAGCUUUGUGACUUGUUUUAUAAUGUGAGCUAGCAAUUUUUUUUAACAAUAAAGUAAGACUGAAAGAAUUAAUAAAAUGAAAAGAAUUGCCUGAGGUUUUGCUGUUGUUGCUACUGGCACAUUGUUGUAAACCAUUCUAUAUCCUGCCAUGUCAGCAUGCUGACACUAGAGGGAAGAGUUGAAUUCUGCUGACUCUGGUCAAAAAGGUACUCCUGGCAGCAGUUAAAGCCCCAAACUUUAUCUGUGUUCCUGUGGGAAAUUACUUCAUUGCUUCACAACACUGAAGCUGGUACGAUAUAAAAUGCAUGUAAAACACUCAAGAUGAAUGCAACUUCAGUAUUUUAAAUAUACAACCCUGGAGGAAAUUUUUUGUGCAAUUUAUGGGAUUAAGUUUGUAAACAAAAGCUGAUAAUUUUCUUGCACUUGACAUCCAGCAAAUAUCUUCGUCUCUUGACAACCAUUCCAAUAAGUUAAACAUCAAGAUCUUGGCUUCUGUUUUGGUGUUGGCUUUAAAUUUGCAUUUAUGUGUCACUCAACCUCAGAGUGUUCUAUGCAAAAUUGACCAGAAUCACACACUGAAGUGAAUGAGAUGACAUGUGUUGUAUCAUUUUUACCAACUUACUGUUCAAAUUUAUGGAAUUCAGUGAUAUGCAUCUUAUAAUUUAGUAGAUAUUUGAAUGUUAUUGGGGUGCUAAUUGCUAUAUUGAAAUAAAGCAAAGUUACUGUAGGAUAUCAUUUAUUAUGCAAAGGAGAUGUGGCACAUUGGAUUGUACCUCAGUUAAAUAAAAAUCCUGGUUAUUUUAAGGCAAAUCACACAUUUAAGAAAGCCUACCUCAGGACAAAUAUUGGUGAUCCUGCUGACUUAACACAUAGUUUAGAAAGUUUUACUGAAAACCUAUUUUUGUUGAUUUAAUACAAAGAGAAAUUACCAUGGAAACAUUUUAUAUUGAUAGAAACUUGAAGCAUUGCUUGUGAAAAUUUGAGAUUCUAGAUAAAUGUGUGCAAUUAAGGACAGCAACCAGAGAAUGUUAUUAGUUAAAUGUUUUCCCACCAGAAAUAUUAUGCAUUCCAGUCAGUUUUAAAUCUAAUCUCUUGGCACUCAGUUUGGUACUUCUAACAUAUAUUGCUGAUCAAUAAAAUGUGGCAAAUUGUUUGUACAUGAAGCCCUAAUUGUGUUCAAUUGCUAACAUUCUUAGUCAAGUAGGAUUUCUACUUGGAUGGUGUUUGGUGCAACAAUAAAGUUCAAAAAUUAGACAAA